GUAUGAUAUGACGCUAGCAAAUGCUUGUGUUGCCUUGAGUGAAAGAUGGAUCAAAGCAAAAGAGAGUGAUUUGGGCUCAUUCAGCUCAGCAGACCUGAAGGAAAUGUCAUCUCAUCAGUUGAUUGAGUUCCUGGCACUGUUGCUUCUGGAGGCUCCUCUUCCAGUUUCACAUGUCCAACGAAUGCAGCAAGUGUAUGACCUCAAUGCUAUAAACAAUUCUGAAAUAAGAUUCAGAUGGCUGCGCCUCUGUAUCAAGUCCAAGUGGGAAGAAGCUAUUCCUCUGGCUCUAAAAAUGGCAACAGAUCAGGGCAGGAUGAAGUUUACUCGACCCUUGUUCAGGGACCUUUACAGUUUUGACAAGAGUCGAGAUCUGGCUGUCAAGACAUUUCUGGAGCAUAGAGCCUCUAUGCACCCAGUCACUUCAAUGCUUGUGGGCAAAGAUUUGAAACAGGAUCAAUGAGAAAUUUACUGAUUUCUUUGAAAUUUUCUCAUGCUGAAAGAAGAGACUGAUUCCACAAACUGUUGAUACGCGUGCUUGAUUAUGUCAUGAAAUACUCGGCUGCUUUGGUACUAGUUUAGCUUGAAAUGAACUUUCCAAAUCAAAUUCAGUACUUUCUAUUUUGCAUUUCCAAGUAAAACGGCAAAAUUUCUAGAUCUCUGGAAUUGGGAAAAUGAUUUUGUAACAAG